GCCGGGUAACGGCCGCCCCGGGCAAUGGCGGCGGGGCCGCCCCGCGGUUGGUGCCUGGCGGUAUAAAGUCGUAGGAGUGGCCGGCAAAGCUGCUUAGGACUGUGUUGAAAAUGCUGGGAGAGAAAAAGCAGUUAGUGGUGGCAAAAGACCUUUACACAGACCCCACAUUUCCGGCCAGCGAUACUUCUAUUUUUUUUGAUUAUUGUACCCCUCUUGCCCAGUUCAGAGGCGAGAUAUCUUGGUUGAGACCAAAGGACAUUUGUUCCUCUCCUCGGUUAUUUUCAAACAAUCUGCAGGAUGUGCAAGUAAAACAAGGAAUUUUGGGAGACUGUUGGUUCCUGUGUGCCUGUGUAGCUUUGCAGAAGAGCAAAUACUUACUGAACAAGGUGAUCCCUCCAGGUCAGCCCAGCUGGACAGAUGAGUCCUACCAAGGCUGCUUCACGUGCCGGGUCUGGCAGUUUGGCCACUGGGUAGAAGUGACCAUUGAUGAUCGCCUGCCUUGCCUUGGGGGCAAACUCUGCUUUUCCCAGUGUCAGACAGAGGAUUUGUUUUGGCUUCCACUACUGGAAAAAGCUUAUGCAAAAGUGCAUGGAUCUUAUGAGCAGUUGUGGGCAGGACAGGUGGCAGAUGCUUUGGUUGAUCUGACUGGAGGAAUUGCUGAAAGAUGGACCCUGAAAGGCCCUGGAAAAAAUGUGGAGAAAGAGAAGACUGGCAUGGUUUUGGAGAAAGCAGUGUUUAGAAGAUUAAUGAAUCUGAAGGAACAGUGUGUAAUAAGCUGUUCAAUCCUCAACUCCAGACAAGGUACAAGUGAACUAGGAGAAUUUCAUGCCUUUAUUGUGAUAGACACAUUGAAUCUCUCUGAAGUCUCAAGCAAGGAAAUCUUCCUACUACGAAUUAGAAAUCCUUGGGGGAGGCGAUGCUGGAAAGGGCCUUGGUGUGAGGGUGGUCAAGGAUGGAACCAGCUAGAUCCAGCAGUUGCUUCAGAACUCCUCUCACAGAUCCAAGAGGGAGAAUUCUGGGUUGAUGAGGAGGAAUUUUUCAGGGAAUUUGAUGAGAUUACCGUGAGCUUUCCAGUCAACGAGGAAGGACAACUUCAGAGCCUCUAUACAGAGAAAGUGCUGUAUCACUCACAGAAUCUCUUUGGAUCCUGGGUGAGAGGCCAGUCUGCAGGUGGCUGCCGCAACAACAGCAGCUUCCCUACCAACCCCAAGUUCUGGCUGAGGGUCUGUGAAUCGAGUGAGGUGUGCAUUGCUCUGCUGCAGAAACACAGGAAAUACAGCACUGAUUGGGCUGGAAGGAUUCAAAAUCCAACUCGCUUAGCAGAGGAAAAUCCAUCUUUGACUGAAGGCAUACAGGGAAAGAAUUACCAGGCUGUGGGAUUGCAUGUCUGGAAGGUGGAGAAGAAACGAUUUAACCUUCCAAAGACCCUCUCUGCUCCUCCAGUUGUAGGUACCGUCUGCCAUUCCUACGAUAGAGAAGUCCAUGUGUGCUGUGACCUUUCACCUGGCUUUUAUCUUGUUGUGCCCAGCACUUUUUUGAAAGAUGCAGUAGGGAAUUUCUUGCUUCGCGUAUUUUCAACGGGAAGGAUCUCUCUCAGUGAGUUAAAGCCACUACCCACAGAUGCUGCCCCCUGUGAAGAACUCCCGCCUGGUGAAUGGGAGACAGUGCAGCUACAUGGAUGCUGGAAGAGUGGGCUGAAUGCUGGAGGUAGCAGGAACUUCCCUUCCUUCCAUACCAAUCCCUGCUUUCCCCUCUCCAUUCCUGCUGGGCCGGGGAAAAGCAGUGUGAAAGUCACCCUCCGUCAGCACUGCCUGGAUAGUAGGUGUUGUCCAAUAGGUUUCCAUAUUUUCCAGGUGCCUAACAGCAGCUGGAAACCACAAACUACUUCUUUUGUACACUUGGAGCCACUGGUGAGCUGUGUUCCUCACUGCUAUUCCCAGGAAGUCAGCCGGCUUUGCAGGCUUCCUGCAGGAAGUUAUGUCAUUAUACCUUCUACAUACUUGCCCAAUACAGAAGGAAAUUUUACAGUGGUCAUAGCAACCAAAAUAGACAGGAAGCGCAUUCACAGCCAGGAGACACUUGGACAAGUAUUACAAGAGGUAGGAUAUACCUCAAGAACCAUCAAAAUACGUUGGAGUAGAAAAAGUCCAAGCUUGUAUCUGACACUGCCAGUCCUGCUGCUGAGCACUUUACCUUGGGCCCUCUCUGGAACUAAGCAGAUGGUGGGUUCAAAGGAAAGAUUUUUUUGGUGAGUUUUACUUUAAUGAACUCCAGAAAUAAAAAAGACAAGACUUGAAAACUGUUGAACUAUAUUGUCAGACUACUUUUGUAAAUCUGCAAGAAUGUGUUUUAUGGAAGAGCUGCCCUCUCUGCAAGAAAUGUGAAGUUUAAGAGUUUUUUCUUAAUUUAUGUUUGAAAGUGUUUCUUAUUCAAGCAGGAUUUUUAAAAUGUUAUAUUUUCCUCAAUAAAAAUAAAGUAAUAUUGGAAGUUUUCAAAUUACUUUUAUUAAAAAGGUGAAAAAUGUCAAUGUCAAGUGAUGUAUGCAUUUGUUCUGUGGUAGCAAACAUUAACAUGUGUUAGAACCCUGGGGUUUUCACUUAGUGGAAGGGAAUAAUUGGAAAUAUUUGCAAGGAUAAUCCAAGUCUUCCAUUAUUUUUUAUGUCCCAGAAAUAUGUAGCAUUCUGCUUUUGCUUUUAACUACAUCCUGCCGUAAUUUCUGCUAGCUCCUGUUGAACUUUGAAAAUAGAAAGGAUUCAGGAUGCUUUCAGCUGAAUUUUAAGUAGUCAAAACCUUCCACAUCUACAGAUGUAGAAAAAGAACAAGAGAAAACACCGUGAGUAAUAAACCUCUA